CGCUGACCGCACCACCAACCACGCCAACAUUGCGGGGAAAGAUAUUCUGACAACACCAAUUCCUCGACAAUGACAUAGAACCCAGGAUACUUCUGGCGUUUUCCUAAGUGUGUUUGUACAUGUACUAGCCACUCCAGCACGACGUACUCAGCCCGUCGUUACUUAUCAUAUAGAGCCUCUUACUCUCGCUUUGCUGCUCCACGCAACCCUCGCGCAGCUCUAUCUAGCCUUUCUUGACUGAAAGGAGUAUACUAAUAGCGCUUGUGUGAGACAUACCAUAGGAUAUAAAUCUUCAAUCAUGGAGAAUUAUCAGAAAAUUGAGAAGAUUGGAGAGGGGACGUACGGUGUGGUCUAUAAAGCUCGAGAUCUCACGCAUCCCAAUCGAAUUGUUGCGCUGAAGAAGAUUCGACUUGAGGCUGAGGAUGAGGGCGUCCCCAGCACCGCCAUUCGCGAAAUCUCUCUCCUGAAGGAAAUGCACGAUCCCAAUAUUGUUAGACUCCUCAACAUUGUUCACGCUGACGGCCACAAGCUGUAUCUGGUCUUCGAAUUCCUGGACCUCGACUUAAAGAAGUAUAUGGAGGCACUUCCCGUCAGCGAGGGUGGUCGUGGCAAAGCGCUGCCCGACGGGUCGACACUCGAUAUGAAUCGACUGGGCCUGGGAGAGGCGAUGGUCAAAAAGUUCAUGGCUCAACUCGUCGAAGGUAUACGGUAUUGCCACAGCCAUCGAGUCCUCCAUCGCGAUCUGAAGCCUCAAAAUCUCUUAAUUGAUCGUGAGGGUAAUCUCAAGUUGGCGGAUUUCGGCUUGGCUCGAGCUUUCGGUGUCCCGUUGCGCACAUACACCCACGAGGUUGUCACGCUCUGGUAUCGUGCACCGGAAAUCCUAUUAGGCGGCCGUCAAUAUUCCACUGGUGUCGACAUGUGGUCCGUCGGCGCUAUUUUUGCAGAAAUGUGCACCCGCAAGCCGUUAUUCCCCGGAGAUUCUGAGAUUGAUGAAAUUUUCAAGAUCUUCAAACUCCUCGGAACCCCGGAUGAGAAUACCUGGCCCGGUGUCACUUCAUUCCCCGACUUCAAAGCCUCAUUUCCUAAAUGGAAGCGUGAAGACACUCGAAAGCUGGUUCCCGGCCUGGAACGUAACGGUCUUGAUCUUCUAGAUGCUAUGCUCGAAUAUGACCCUGCACGACGUAUAUCGGCGAAGCAAGCCUGCAUGCACCCAUACUUCCAAGCUGGUAGCUCUGCCUAUUCGGGCCGAGAAAGAUUGCAGCCAUAUCCAUGA